GUAAUUCUAUAUUUUAGAUUUAUAUUUACAUAGGUAACCACAAUUAACUUAAAUGCACUACACAAACGAAAUAGAUUAAAUAAAUUAUAUUGUACGACAUAAUUAUUUAGUCAAUGUAAACCCUUUUUAAAUCAUGAGAAUAGAUUAUUAAUAUAUACAUGACAAUUAUUAUCACCUUAAUCAGCCUAUCAACCAACAAACAUCACUGAAAGAAAAAUCUAGGCAAUUACCUACGUAAAUACGCAAGUAAAGAUAAUGCAAACAUUAUUUAAAUGCUGUCUUGCGAACGAACCAGCCAGUGGUGUUAACUCUCGAAACAUAAAAGACACUACCCUUUAUUUGAUAUUAUAAAAAUGUCUAAUGUUAUACUUUUACAAUCUCCGCCACCCAAGUUAGAAGAUAUUCAGAGAAACAUAUUUAAAAAAGAAGCUUUGCAGUUCAUUUCAGAUUUGCAUUAUCAAUUUGACACUCAAAUUGAGGCAUUAUUUAAGGAAAGAUUGUUGCGAUCAUUAGAUGCUAAAAGUAAUGCAAACUUGGAAUUUAAAAAAUCACCAGAAAGGAAUGAUAAAACUUGGACAAUUGCAGAAUUACCAUCUAGACUACAAAAUCGUCACUUAGACUUGGGUGAUGUGUCAGCGUCGAAUACUGCUCACUUUGUAUCAGUUCUGAAUGCGGAUGUUCAAGGUAUUCAAGUGGAUUUUGAUGAUGGCCACUGUCCAACAUGGAAAAAUCAGCUUGUUGCAUUCCAAAAUAUUAAUUUGGCAGUCAAUGGCAAAUUGCUCGGUGCUCCACACAAUAUUUACACUUGCCCAUUAUUGAUGUUGAGACCUAGAGCUUGGAAUAUGAUAGAACAUAAUAUUUUGAUUGAUGGCAAAGAAGCUAUUGGACCCCUUGUCGACUUUGGCAUAUUGAUGUAUCAUAAUGGAAAGAAACUCUUCGAAGCUAACAGCGGUCCAUAUUUCUAUCUGUCCAAAUUGGAAGGCGCUUCUGAAGCGAAAUUGUGGAAUGACAUAUUUGUAUGGUCUCAGAAAGUACUAGGGCUGCCACAGGGAACAAUAAAAGCAUGUGUACUGAUAGAAAACAUAUAUUCCAGUUUUGAAUUGGACGAAAUCUUAUAUGCUUUGAGAGAACACUCCUUAGGGCUCAACUGCGGUAUAUGGGAUUACUGUGCUUCUAUUAUUGCUAAAUUUGGCGACCGCAAGGAGUUCAUGCUGCCAGAUAGAAAUAAGUACGUGAACAUGGACCUCCACUUCUUAAACAGUUACAUGAAACUAGUUGUGAGCACAUGCCACGCUCGAGGAGCACCAGCAACCGGUGGAAUGGCCGCUGCGAUGUUAAGACCGGGCUCCGAUGGCACUGACAGAGAAUCUAAAGGGAUAAUCAAUAAGAUCCUUGAAGCGAAACUAAGAGAAAUUGAAACGGGCGUUGAUGGCUUCUUGGUUUACGAUUCACGGGUUGUGCCUUACAUUAAUGAGCUAUGGAAGAAAAAUGCUGGAGCUUUCAAUCAAAUUCAUCGUAAAUUCGAUUUCAACAUCACCGCUAAAGAUCUGCUCUCUAUACCAACUGGUGGAGUGACACUCCAAGGUCUCAGGCACAACGUGGCUGUCACCAUACUCUUCAUAUAUCACUGGUUGGCCGGCAUCGGACAUUUCUUCUACAGCGGCAAUGUUGAGGACUCGGCCACGGCGGAGAUAUCUAGAAGCCAAGUCUGGCAAUGGAUUCGAUUCUCGGCGCCUUUAGAACAUGAUCCGAAUAUGUAUGUCACACCAAAAUUGGUAGAGAAAAAGGCGAGCCACUUUGCGAGUCACGCUCACAAGAACUUAUGUCGUUCGAAUGCUGAAAGGAAACGGCUCACAGCUGCAAAAUAUAUGAGUGUGGAACUAUUCCUUAUGCGGAACCCGCCAGAAUUCAUUACCAGCUAUCUAAACGACAAUCAUAAAUAUCGAACGUUGCAUAACAAAGCGUUGCAGAGCAAUUUGUAAUGGAAGGGCUAAAGGUAGAUUUUAAAAGAUGAUAAACUAUGUUGAGAUUGAUGAAAAAUGAUGUUAUAAUAAAUAUUCAAUUCCAAUCAAGUACCAAAAUAUUAAAUUUGAUUUUUUAUUAUUGAUUUAUAUUUAAUAUAGUAUUGAGGUAUACCUGAUGUUUUAUACCCAUUUUGGGGGUUAUUUUAUUUCGUUACAUAUCUUACUAAGAAAUGCCAAAUAGUAUUUACAUGUUACUGUUUUGGGAAGGAUUGGGGUUAAGAGAUUAUCGACUAUGUAAGAUCACAAUUUUCUGGCAAUAAUCUAAGGCAAAUUGUGAUUACUAUCUUAAGAUUAAUCGUGGUUAAGGGACUUUGUAUCGAGAUUGUUGAAAAGAAUGUAUAGGUACAUGUACUGCAAUUCUUUGUUUUCUUUUUAUUUUUAUCUAUAAAUACUGUGAUAUUUUAUAUAUUAAUGUUAUUGUGGUUUAAUCUAUUAAAUGUUGUAAAAUAAUAUUAAUAAAAAUAUUAAAAUA